AUGACGAUGAUGCCUGAGUCAGAUGCUCUGAUACUUGGUCGUGCUUUGGAAGGAAAGGUGACUCGGUCACCAACUGGCUGGGACCUUGGUGUCAGAAAAAUAACACUGUCAUCUUCCUUACCAUCACCUUUGUCUUCUCUUCAACUUCCUUCAAGGCUCUCCAUUAUUGAGUGUCACCGGGAUGAGAUUCGAGAGCUACCUGCCAAGGCUGAAGUGACUGCCAAGUCAGAUAAGACUGGAAUUGAGAUGUUUAGAUAUGGAGAUCAUAUAAUGGGAAUUCAAGGUCACCCUGAGUAUUCUAAAGACAUUCUUAAUACCUGCGAUCUGAUUUAG